AUAGGAAAAGGAGGAAAAGGUCCUCCAUUUCCCAGCAUCUGUGUAGGCACUGGACUCUGUCGAAGUCAAAGAUCCCACAUUGUUGUGAUCACUUCAGCACGUGAAUAAAGUAAAGGGAGCCUUGGAGGCUGCAAAAGUCUUCGUGAGCUUCAGGGAUCGUACACUCUGGGGAGGCCAUAUGGAAUCAUGGAAUGGAGAUGGAGUUUCAGUGCUGGUGGAAGCCUUACUAAAGAUGGAGGAGUCCAAACUGGAGAGAAGCCAUAUCCAUGCAUGGAAUGUGGAAAGAGCUUCACCCAAAGUGGUCAUCUUAUGGACCAUCAAAGGACCCACACUGGGGAGAGGCCUUACAAAUGCAUGGAAUGUGGAAAGAGCUUUGUUGCCAGUAGCAGUCUUCAUAGACAUCAAAAAACGCACACUGGGGAGAGACCUUACACAUGCAUGGAAUGUGGAAAGAGCUUCUGUGAGAGCAGAAAUCUUCUUCAACAUCAAAGAACCCACACUGGAGAGAGGCCUUUCAAAUGCAUGGAAUGUGGAAAGAGCUUCAGUCAAAGUGGAAAUUUUAAUAGACAUCAAAGGACCCAUGCUGGAGAGAGGCCAUACAAAUGCAUAGAAUGUGGAAAGAGCUUCAGUGACAGUGGAAGUCUUACUCAACAUCAAAGAAUCCACACAGGGGAGAGACCUUACAAAUGCAUGGAAUGUGGAAAAAGCUUCAGUGUGAGUGGAAGUCUUACUCAGCAUCAAAGAACUCACACUGGGGAGAAGCCUUACAAAUGCAUGGAAUGUGGAAAGAGCUUCAGUGGAAGUGGAAAUUUUAAUACACAUCACAGGACCCACAUUGAGAAGGGGACAUACAAGUGCAUGGAAUGUGGAAAGAGCUUUAGGCAAGCAAGAUAUCUUAGUGCACAUGAAAGAACCCACACAGGGGAGAGGCCGUACAAAUGCAUGAAAUGUGGAAAGACCUUCAGUGAGAAUGGAAGUCUUACUCGACAUCAAAGAAUUCACACAGGGGAGACGCCUUACAAAUGCCUGGAAUGUGGAAAGAGCUUCACUCACAGUGGAAAACUUAAAGGACAUCAAAUGAUGCAUGCUGGGGAGUGGCCAUACAAAUGCAUGGAAUGUGGAAAGAGCUUCAGUGAACGUGGAAAUCUUAAUAAACAUCAAAGGACACACACUGUGGAGGGGACAUACACAUGUAUGGAAUGUGGAAAGACUUUCAGUCAAGCAGGAUACCUUAGUGCACAUGAAAGGACCCACACUGGGGAAAGGCCAUACAAAUGCAUGGAAUGUGGAGAGAGCUUCAGUCACAGUGGAAAUCUUUAUAGACAUCAAAGGGCCCAUGCUGGAGAAAGGCCAUACAAAUGCAUGGAAUGUGGAAAGAGCUUCAGUGACAGUGGAAGCCUUACGCACCAUCAAAGAACCCACACUGGAGAGAGGCCUUACAAAUGCAUAGAAUGUGGAAAGAGCUUCAGUAAACGUGGAAAUCUUACUCAACACCAGAAAACCCACACUGGGGAAAAGCCUUACAAAUGCAUAGAAUGUGGAAAAAGCUUCAGUCAACCAGGAUAUCUUUGUGCACAUGAAAGGACCCACACUGGGGAAAGGCCAUACAAAUGCACUGAAUGUGGAAAAAGCUUCAGUAAACGUGGAACUCUCACUGAACAUCAAAGAACCCACACAGGGGAGAAGCCUUACAAAUGCAUGGAAUGUGGAAAGAGCUUCAGUCGAUGUAGAAAUUUUAAUACACAUCAAAGGAGUCACACUGAGAUGGGGACAUACAAAUGCAUGGAAUGUGGAAAGAGCUUCAAAGAGAAGCGGAAUCUUCUUGUACAUAGAAGAAGCCAUACUGGGAAAACUAGAUAGAUGCAUGAAACUUGGAAGGAGCAUCAGUCACCAUGGGACACUUACUAAUCAUCAUAGAAAGCUCACUGCUCAGAGGCCCUGUAUAUCCAUGCAGCAUGGAAAGAGCUUUGCUUUUAGCUGAGGUCUUAUUGUACAUCAAAGAACCCAUGCUGGGGAGAAGCCUUAUGAAUGCACUGAAUGAGGAAAGAGGUUCAGCCUGAGUUGUCAUCUUUCUGGACAUCAAGGAACACACAAGGAGGGAACCAUGCAAAUACAUUGCACAUACAAAGAAGUCCAGUACCAGUGGAAGUCCUCAACAUCAAAGCACACC